GGCAUCCUGCGGGCGCUGUACCGGGACAAGCCCGUGGUCUUCCUGGAGCGCUUCCGGCGGGCCCUGCGCGUCGAGCACCUGGGCUGCUUCGCCCACCUGGCCGCCCGCUACGAGGUGCGCUUCUACUGCGACGAGGUGCGCCGGGCCGGCCGGGCCAAGGCCGGCCGCACCCGGGUGCGCAACAAGAGAUACGCCGCCCUGCAGCAGCUCAUCAAAGGGGGCGAGUAUUUCAGCGACGAGCAGAUGCGGGCUCGGGAGCCCCUGCUGUACGAGCAGUACAUCGGGCAGUACCUGAGCGAGGAGGAGCUGCUGGCCCUGGGCAGCCAGGCGCAGGCCGGCCCCUGCUCCCUCUCCGGCGUCCUAAUGGACUCCUACCAGGAGCAGGUGCUCCAGCUGCGGCUGCACAUCCAACAGGAGCAGGAGCACGCCUGCAUGGAGGAGGAAGAGGAGGAGGACGACGACGAAGGCGAGGGGUCCAGCUCCGCCUCCGACUCCUGGGUCCCCGACACGGAGGAGAAGGCCUUCCUCCGCGAGGAGUUCACCAGCCGUAUGCAUCAGCGCUUCCUGGAUGGCAAGGACCGCGACUUUGAUUACAGUGAGGUGGACGAGAACCCGGAGUUCGACAACCUGGACAUCGUGACGCGGGACGAGGAGGAGCGCUACUUCGAUGGCGAGGAGUCCGAGGAGGCGGAGGAGAUGGAGGCGGAAUAGGGGGGACCUGCCCCCCAAACCCUGGCACCCCGAUGAGUGGGUCAGGACCCCAGACUCCUCGCUCCAUGCCCCAGGAGCCCUGGCCGAAUGGGGGCAUGUCCCUGUGAGGCUCCCCACAGGUGGUCCGGGCCUGUGGUCCAGCCCAGACAGGUACCUUUGGGUACCCCACUGCCUGCCCCCUUUGUCGCCAAGGCCGGGGCAGGAGCCCACCAUGGGCUGCGUUAGCCUCACGUCCCUGGUGCUCGUGGAGCUCGGGGGGCAGCCUAGAGAAGCGGCUGCGG